CGUGUUCGUCCGUCUCUCGACACUGUCUCACCUUCUUAUCCUGUCUGUCUUACAGUCUGCAGAGUUCACUGUAACAUCGGCGGACAUUUUGACGAUGCUCGCUCGGCCUCAGCAGAGAGAGGAGAAUGGAGGUCAGAAUAAAGUGACGCUCUGGAUUGUGGACCCGGGCUGCCUCGGCGACUGUUUUUCCUGAAUAAUUGAUCCCUCGGCUUGUGACUGGUUGAAAAUGAGGAAGGCAUCGCUGAUGAUUUGGAUCAGCCUUUUGGUGCAAGUGUCCCACGGCGCUCAGGGUCAGUAUGCCCGCAAACUUCUGAAUGAUCUGAUGGAGGGCUACUCCAACGCUCUGAGACCUGUGGAGGACACAGACAAAGCGCUCAAUGUGUCUCUGCAGAUCACCCUGUCACAGAUCAAAGAUAUGGAUGAGAGGAACCAGGUGCUAACCACGUACCUGUGGAUCAGGCAGGUCUGGCAUGAUGCGUACCUGAAGUGGGACAAGGAGGAGUACGAUGACCUUGAGAUGAUCAACAUCCCCAGUGACCUGGUUUGGAAACCAGACAUCGUCCUCUACAACAAAGCAGACGAGGAGUCUGCAGGUGAAUCCAGCACUAAUGUGAAGCUGCGUUAUAAUGGAGAGAUCGUCUGGGACUCUCCAGCGAUCACAAAGAGCACAUGUGUGGUGGACGUCUCCUACUUCCCCUUCGACUGGCAGCAGUGCAACCUGACCUUCGGCUCCUGGACCUACAACGGCAACCAGGUGGACAUCAGUCUGGGCAUGGACAGUGGUGACCUGUCUGACUUUGUGGAGAACGUGGAGUGGGAAUGUCACGGCAUGCCGGCGGUUAGAAACGUCAUGAUGUACGGCUGCUGCUCCGACCCUUACACGGAAAUCACCUACACGUUGCUCCUGAAGCGCCGCUCCUCGUUCUACAUCUUUAACCUGCUCCUGCCGUGCUUCCUCAUCUCGUUCCUGGCCCCGCUGGGCUUCUACCUGCCGGCAGACUCCGGGGAGAAGGUUUCCCUCGGGGUCACGGUGCUGCUGGCGCUCACCGUGUUCCAGUUGUUGGUGGCUGAGAGCAUGCCUCCUGCAGAAAGCAUGCCCUACAUAGGGAAGUACUACAUAGCCACCAUGACUAUGAUCACAGCCUCCACCUCUCUCACCAUCUUCAUCAUGAACAUUCAUUUCUGUGGUGCUGAGGCCAAGCCGGUCCCUCAGUGGGCUAAGGUGCUCAUCAUAGACUACAUGUCUAAGAUCUUCUUCGUCUACGAGGUGGGGGAGAACUGCACCACCCCGGAGAGUGAGAGAACCCCACUGUACCCCGAUGAACCCAUGGGCGGGAAAAGCAGCUUCCUGGAUGACCGUUUCCAUGAUUACGACAGCGACCCGUACAAGUACAGCAACGGCCACGGCGCGCACCAUCAGAAAAACCAGGCGAACGGCAACGUCAACCAUCACCAUUACAACAACCACAACAACCACGUUUCCAGACUGGAGAGGGGUGAAGGGAAGCGGGAGUCCAUGCAACGCUACCACCACAUCAGGAGGGAUGAACUGGACUAUCAGGCCUCACCUCAUGCACGAAACCUCCAGCACCUGAAUGGAGGGCUGAAGGAGCAGCUCCUCUUCCCCGCAGAGAAAAUUCAAAUCCAAUCCUGCCCAUGCUGCUGCCCCUGCAGCCAACAUAAACAGGUGGUGAAGAACAUCCAGUUCAUCGCCAACUGCUUCCGCGAGCAGAGAGCUACCUGCGUGAAGGUGGCAGAGUGGAAGAAGGUGGCCAAGGUGAUGGAUAGGUUUUUCAUGUGGAUCUUCUUCGUCAUGGUCUUCCUCAUGAGCAUCCUCAUUAUCGCCAAGGCAUCCUGACAGCCUCAUCCCUCCCAUCAUCUUUUUACCAACGCUCAUCCUCCUGUCACUGCUGGACCUCAAGACUCUCCUCAUUUUUACUUUGACGCAACUAAAGACACAAAUGUAUGUGGUGUGUCAGUAUAGUGUGUGUGUGCGUGUGUGUGUGUGUGAGUGUGUGUUGACAUAAAGAGGACAAGGUCACUGCACACAAAUCAUCCGUUUAAAUUCAUCACAGCCUCGCGGUUAGUUAACGUCAGGUGUGCUUGCUGUGUGACGAAGCAGCGCAGCGGUAAGACAAUCCAGACCUCGUCUCGAACAUGCAUGGACUCUCCAUUAUUGAUGAGCUAACAGCCAUAGGCAUUACGUUACUUACAUUACGUUUAGGGCAACCAAGAUGAGGCUGUUUUGCAGAGUCACUUAUGGAACAACUUGACGUGGGGGCAGAGGCACGUUCCUUCCUGUAAAGACAUUAAAACCAGGCGAACUGAUGUCGUUUUAAUCUGCACAUAUUAAGAAUUUGGGUUUAUGUAAGUGGUGUGAAUGUUUCUAAAACGAUGCCUCGCUUUUUAACAAUACUCAGACUUUAAAUCCUACCUCCAGAACUUUGCUCCAAUAAGAAAGGUUUUACUCACUGUCCCAGCAGUUUACAUUAUGAUACAAAUCUAAUUUGUUUUACAUGAUGUAUGUACACAUUUUGCAGAACUGUCCAUUUCUGAUUUGUUUGGGUUUUUUUUUUUUUUUUUUUGCAUAUAAAA